AAGACAGGGACACAACAUGGGGUAACGACCUGCUCCAAAGGGCCCUGGCCAGCCUUGAACUGGUUACAGUGGUUACAGGUUUUUGAAUGUUGGGUCACCAGGACGUCCAAAAGUGAGUUUGACGUCUGCUUCUGCUUCUCUCCAUCCGAUGUCUCUGAUCACCACCAGAUCCGUCUGAGGACGCCAGAGAGGAUCAGCUGUGUCCUGAUGAUCCAGAGAGGUUGAAGCAGCAGCAGCUUCUGUGUGGAGAGGCUCUGAAUACAAAGGAGAAGUUAAGUUUCACACCUGACCUGCUGACUGACUCUGGAAAGACUUCAUACAGGUUCAGGUGUCCUGGUCCAGGUGUGUUCCAGUGUACUUUGACUGGACUGAUGUUUGGUAUGACUCAGGAGGCGGAGCUGCUGUACCGGACUGUCCAAUGGGAUGAGAGCCUCCUCCAAUCAGCUGGCAAGACGGCUGCAGGGCUGCUGUUCAGUAUCAAGUGUCCUGAGGAUGCUGUCUGUCAGCUCCACCUGCCGCACUGUGAAACAAAGGACGCUCUGCUGCCUGACGGUCUGCUGUCUGUCGUCCACAUCACUGAUGAUGGAAUGAGCAUCCUCGAGCCGCUGGAGAUUACAGACACUCAUGUGGUUGUCAAAGUCCCUCACCUCUCUCUAUUUGGCCUGGUCUGGACUUAUGUUAAGAGGUUGUGGAGCAAACCAGUUUGCGGCCAAGUUCUGCUGUUCCUCGGACCACCGAACCCAAGAACACAGAGGCAGAUCCUAAAUGUGCUUCUGCUGCCGAACAACAUCCAUCUGGAGGAGGUCAGCAAACAACAGCAGCCCUGUAAGAACAUAAAGACUGCUUCUAAAUGCAAACUCAUCAAAGAUGAAAGUUACACUCUUCUCUGUCCUCAGGCCAUCAAAAUUCAGCCUACGAGAGCAGAUUUUGACCUGGAAUUUGGACCAAAUUACCAUCCAACAUUUGAGAUCCGCCUGCCGACAAACACAGAAGAAGCGACUUUAACAGUCCGAGACCAGAGACAGACAGAGGUCUGGAAGCGUGAAGUUGAUCUAACAGAUUCAAGAAGAGAAACUCCACAGAGCAGGGUCCCGGCAGAGGACAGGGUCCCAGCAGAGGAGAGGGUCCCGGCAGAGGAGAGGGUCCCAGCAGAGGACAGGGUCCCAGCAGGGGACAGGGUCCCAGGAGAAGAGAGGGUCCCAGCAGGGGACAGGGUCCCGGCAGGGGACAGGGUCCCGGCAGGGGACAGAGUCUCAGCAGGGGACAGGAUCCCAGCAGAAGAGAGGGUGCCAGCAGAGGACAGGGUCCCAACAGGGGACAGGGUCCCAGCAGAAGAGAGGGUCCCAGCAGGGGACAGGAUCCCAGCAGAAGAGAGGGUCCCGGCAGGGGACAGGAUCCCGGCAGGGGACAGGGUCCCAGCAGAGAAGAGACUGCUCUUAGUUCGGACAGAGUUUCUGAACAGAGUCUCUGAACCUGUUCUGAACCAGCUUCUGGAUAAACUCCUUGAGCAUCAUGUUAUAAACGAUGAAGAAAUCCAGUCAGUCAGAACAAAAGUCAGAGCAGAAAAAGCCCGAGACGUGAUCGACACAGCUCGAAGAAAGGGACCUGAAGCCAGUUCAGUCCUGAUCGCUGCUCUCUGUCAGGUGGAUCUAUGCCUUUCCAGAGUGCUGAACUUCAGAUGAAGCGAAAGAAAGAAUCUGUGAUGAUGAACCAGCUGUUUUACAGUCUCAGGUUAUUUAUUGUAAUCUUUGAAUCAGGAGUUGUGCUGUGUUUUCAAUAAGUGACUGUGAAAGCAUCACAUGUGAUGGAGCUAAGCUUGGACUACACUGGAUCAUCUCCUCAAACAUGAACUACAAGACACAGAUGCUGAUUCUGUUUUUAACAAAUGUCACAAAACAGAAUCAUUUUUUGACAAAUGUGUGAAAGAAAAUAAUGUGUUACAACUUUGGAGAUCACUGCUACUUUUUAGUGAUAUGUCUCAAUGGGAUUUGAUUCCACGUAGUAUCUUUAUGGUUUCACAUAGUAGCAAUUGUAAGUCUCUCUGGAUAAAUGUAAAAUGUGAUGUUGUAUAUUUACAACAAAAAACAAAGUCAGGAAAGGGCCAAUUGAAUCAGAAGGUUAUUAAGAAUUAAAACUCAGCAUCUUUCCACUGAGUUUAAAACCACGACCUGAAGGGGACCCGUGUUCAGCUGAGAGCUGACAGAAACAUCUGCAGAUGACUUUAUUCUGGAGGAGAGGACAGGACAAAAGCACUGGAAUAAUUUGUUUGUCUUUCUUUGUAGGAAGAUAAGCUUUCCUGUAUUUUAUAUAUGGUAAUUAUUUCCCAGCAGGAUUUUUGUCUGAUAGACAAGCGAAACUAAUGGAAUUCAGUUAAUAUGAACACUGAUCUAGUUUAAAGUCUGUACCUGAACAGGCCUCCUUUAAACAGGCGUCUGGUUUGUUUUAUUGUGAAAGCAGUGAGCGGAAGUCACGUGGUUAGUGUUGCCUGACUUGAUGGUGUUUCUGAGAGGAAACUUGCUGCAGACAGACCUUUUUAUCUUCAGUCUGUGAGACACACGGAGGUUUCUGAGUGUCUCUGCAGCUGCGGUCAGAACUCCGCCUGAAAUCCUGCAGAUUUAACCACAGCGGCUAACUGAGCUGCAGCCCGGUGGGACGUUCUGAUUGGACAAAGACGUGAACAGAUUACAGAAAAUAUAAUAUCUGAGAAACAAUACGGCUGCUCUUUAUUGCUGUGUGUAUGGGCUGGUGUUGCUAUCUUUGGGAGGACCAGAUUCAAAGUAUCGUAGUGAGCACGGAGUGUGGGUUUUAAGGUUCAGGUUAGAUCCAGGUUUAGGAUUUGGUGCUAGGGAACCUAUAAUGUCAAUGAGUCAUAACAAGUAUACGUGUGUGUUUGUUGGGUUAGUUAAAACAUUUCAAUAUUUUU